AGCAGACUGCUUUCUCACUUGUGCGUUUUCUUCAGCUCCGACUAGCUGCUCGACAUGGAUCGGGAGGGGAAGCCUAGCAAACGACGUGCUAGUAGAAGUUCUGGGAGCAUGGAGCAAUCUCCGAAAAAAACGAAGGGCACACCGACCACUGGCAUGAAGACUGAUGAGACAUCGGGGUCUAAGGACCAUCGAACCUCGGUGCUGCAGGGUGCACCUUCUACGGGCACUCCUUCCACUCGUGUUCGCGGUUCUGGACCGGAUGCGGCUGUGUUGAUGAGUGGUGGGGAUGCGGGUCGAGAAGAGGAGGCUGCUGGUCGGCAGGGGAAAUUUGCGGUAGACGUUGUGCCCAGGCGUAGAAGGUCUAGUGAAACGUCCGUUGCAGGUGUGGGAGACGAGGUGCCUGUUGUCGACCACAAGGACAAGUGCUGGAUGUUGGACUGGGUGGGUGGAAUCGGGGAACCCUCGAGUGGGCUGGUUCUGUACGUGGUGAUCAAAGAUAACAUGGUUCUCAUUGGCGGUGUGGUGAAAUGGAGUGGAGGAAGUUCACCGUUGGCCAUUUUGGAGUUGAUGAUGGUCCUUAACGCUAAAGGUGAGCGGAUGACAAAUGUCAAACGCGUUGCUCUUCAUUGGGUCAAACACGCUGGGUACGGCAAGAAGCUUUAUGAUAUUUUCAAUCUGCCCGGGACGAAGAAAUUGACGUUGCCGGACCUUCGAUCGGUUUUCGCAUUCUUCAACAGUAAUAUGGUCGCAGGGCAUGUGCCGGUGGUGCAAGCUACUGACCACAUAUCUGAGCCGAAAAGCGUGCUUUCGUCGUCCUUGGAGGCGGCUAUGAUGUCGAAACCAAUCAUUAUAGGUGCCCGCCCUCCGCAAUCCCUUCGGACUCCGGUUGCUGCAAUGCGAGUUCCGAAAUCUGGGCAGAUCGGGGAGAAAGGUCCGUGUCGCGGCCAAAUCGUGCCAUCAGCCCCUGUGAAGUCCAGACCAACAUCAACCAAGGAACCCGUUUCCUUGGUCGGCCCACCGCGUUAUGAGUUCGCCAUUCCUGUUGGGCCGCAUUAUUUUGGAGAUGACGACGAGGAGAACAGCGAGGAAGAUUCGGAGCGCGAUGAAGAAUGCGAAGAAUAUGAGGAGGGUGGCGAUGACAGAGGGGAGCAUGGGAAAGAGUCGGAAGUAGACACUGAACACACAAUCAGCGACGGGGGUGGGCCAGGCAAAUUGGAAGGUCGUCUAGGGGUUCAAUAUGAGGAUGAAGGGCAAGAAGAGGAAAUGAGCGGCGACGGAGGGUAUGCAGAUGUGCAUCGGGGUUGCGAACGAAAGCAUCGGCUCCCGUCGGAACAUGGGCAUUGGGAAGCGGAUCGAGAGCGAGGGGGAAUGCACCACGAAGUGGAGGUCGAGCCAGCACAUGUCGAUACAGCCCGACUGGCUGAGAAGAAGAGAAAGAUCAGGCAAGAGAGGAGAAGUGCUUUGGACAUCAGUCGUCCUGAAGCUAUAGGCGGAUCUAGUGCAGACGUGAAAAACAAGGAGUACAGAAAGUUUGCGGCGAUGGCUCUGCGCUCGAUCGGGAUUGAUCAUUUGGUUGAAAUCUCGCUUAAGAGUUGGACCAAGGAGUGGUCCGACUUCCUCGGGCCUUACAUGAUAUUGGCAAGGGCGACACAAGACGUCUUCGACAAGGUGCGACAAGUGUAUUCUCCUUGGGAGAGUGGACAGUUGUCGGGGAGAGAUGCUGUGAAGCCUGCCACCAAACAAGGUGAAUCGGGGAAAGUGUCGAGACCUGGACCCGGAUUCGAGUUGGUAAAAGGAGUCAGGGUUCCAGUGCACUGGAUUCAGGGUACUAGAGGACCUGGUUACCUUGUGGCUGUGCACGAUCUGGAUGUCAGAUCAUGGAAGGCUAUGUCUGCGUUGGGGAGGCGUGAGCAGCUUCAGCUGUUGCGAGACAUUCUCGCGGGAAGUGUCAUACUGGCUCCAAAACUAAGUAAACUUGCUCACAUUGCCGGGAAACAUUCGAUGCAGACAUACGUGGAGAUUGUGAAGGAGGAAAGAGCAAUGUUGAGAAUGUUUCACUACUUUGUCUUCAUUUCUGACCCUCAUAAGAAGCCGUCAGAGUGAAAGGAACCAUUCUUCGACAACCUUUCUGAUGUGUUUGCUAAGUAUAGUGCUCAAGGAUUGACAUCCGAGAGGUGGAUCGACCAGCGACAACAUUUCAAAGAGACGAGCUGGGUGCGGUCAUUUCCGGCUACACUUUCGAGGAGAGGAUGAGAAAGGAGAAGAGGGCUUCAAGAAAACAGAAUCGCUUGCAAACAAAUACCCCGAAGAGUU